AUGCUAAAUCAAAUACAUGGUGUUUUAGGAAGCGGGGGUACUACGAAACAAGGGGCAGACGAGGAAGAAAAGAUUAAGACAGAAACAUAUCGUAAGGAUAAUGAAGCUUCCAGUUCAAGAAAAAACAAAGGAAAAGGAAUUAUUGAAGAUGAAAACGAUGAAAAUGCAAUGAUGUCUGAAUCAGAAAGGAUUGCUGGAGAGAAAAGAGACAAAGAGCUUGACAAACUCAUUUCACUUCGGAAGAAAUUCGAGGCAGAAGCAGCUGAAGCCAAAAAUGCAAAUCUGAUUCUAGAAACUCAGAAAUCUAUGUUUCCUGCCUAG